AUGCAUAAGCUCUCUGUGCUCACCGUGUUGUUCCUAGUCACUGUCCACGUCGCCAGUGUGACUGUCGAAGAACCUCAGACUGUUUUGAACAUUCCUAUUGCUGGACAAACCAUCACUGUCGAAGAACCUCAGACUGUUCUGGACAUUCCUAUUGCUGGACAAACCAUCAACGACGAGCCUUCUGGGAAAUGGUACAAGUUUAAUUCGACUAUCAAGCGUGUUGCAGUGAUUGGAGCUGGUCCCGCGGGGCUACAAGCUGCAGCUACUUUUAUGAAACACAAUUUUACUGUUCGAUUAUUUGAUCGAGCACCAGGUCCUGGUGGUAACUGGCUGUAUUCAGACGAGAUUCCUGUUCGUGAGUCGUAUCCUGAUGCACCAGCUGUCGAAGAACACUGGAUACCGGAAGCACUUCCCGCUUCAGAAUAUUACAAUGAAGGGGAUGAUGAUUUGACUCUGGACAGUCGCUGGCGAGAACAUUGGCAGCCGCGUUCAAUCUGGGAUAGUCUACACACGAAUUCUCCUGCAGUGAUCACAGAGCUUCCAGACGUACCUUAUCCUCCCGACCAUUCGUGGGUAAUCUCCGCCCAUACCAUAGGAGCUCACGUUCGUGCAUACGCCUCCAUCCACAACCUCAACGCCAAUGACAACUCCUCUGUACACUCCUAUUCCACCCGUGUGGAAAAACUCAGCAAGAGACUAGACGGCAACGGAUGGACAUUGACAUUAAAACAUCUCAAAAAAUUGGAAGAGCCAGAUCGUUUGAAGGCGACGUGGUGGACUGAAGACUUUGAUGCGGUAUUUGUUGCUCCAGGUCCAUAUACCUCGCCUCACGUACCGGAGAUUGAUGGAUUAUUACAAUGGAGCAAUGUUCGCGCUGUAGACGACCCAUCCCGGUUCAGCGUAUAUCAUUCACGGGUAUACAGGAGACCAGAACGGUACACAGGGAAAACUGUAUUGGUAAUCGGUGUAGGCACUAGUGGUUCUGAAAUUGCUCGUGACAUUGCACCUGUUGCAAAGAAGAUCUAUGCAAGUCACAAAGAAUACGCAGAUUGGGAGACUCUUCACCCUUUUCAACGCCGUUCGUUCAGGCGUUUCCCUGAUGAGACUGAAUUUAUACCCAAGAUCUCCCAUUUCGAAUCGUUAUCUUCCCUGGACAAUGGAAUCAAGGAUGGGAAGAUUGUUCUGGUGAAUGGGACUGUUUUGGAAAAUAUCGACGAGGUUAUUCUAGCUACAGGAUAUAAACGCAGCAAUCCUUUCCAUCUUUCAGUUUUGAAUCAAACAUUCGGGGCUGAAUCUUUGGAAGCACCUCCUCCCUCUGACGUAUUCACCGGGCCUGCCUUAAAAUAUGUUCAUUGGACGGGCCACUUUAUUCCAGACCCAACACUUGCAUUUUCCACAAUCCGCCCAUGGACUGCUGGACAAUAUCAGUAUUACGGCCAGGCAAAAGUAUGGGAGGGGACAGCUCAUCUACCAAAUGAGGCGGGAUUAUGGGCGCAAUACAACUCGACAAGGUAUACCUUUUUCCGUGGGUUGUUCGGGACUGCGCCUUCUGAAGCUAUUGUCCGGCAGUACGUGACGUGGCUGAACAACGAAUCGCUCGAAAACGGUGGUCGACUCGUUAGCCCUUGGCCUGUUCAGAACCGGGAAGUAUUUGCAUACUAUGCCAACCAGGAAUGGGAGAAGGAUUAUUUGUCGAAAGAGAACUUCACCAAGUUCGAGAAUAUCCCGGAUCGCCAAUGGACACAGAAGGAUAUCUGGGAUAUAUCUGUAUUUGAAGAUGACUCUUGGUAA